AUGAUCCCUGCCUGGUUUGGCUUCCAGAGCUUCCUACUCCAACUUUCUAACCAUCCUAGGUGGAGCUGUUACAGAGGUCCUCGCCGGCGAGUCCUUUUCUUUUGGCUCUUGUUACUUUGCUUGCCCAGCUGUGUCCACCUGGUUACCUUCAAGGUGGGUGUGAUGGGUCCCUGGAACUGUGACUCCGUCUAUGCCCAGGCAUACCCGGAGGUGGCAGCCAAGUUGGCUGUUGCCCGCAUCAACAAAGACCCAACUGUGAACCAGGCUUACUGGUUCGAUUACGUCCUCCUCAGUGAAGAGUGUCAGACAUCUCAGGCCCUGGUGGGCUUCGUGAACAUGGAACGCUAUGCCUCCGGCUUUAUCGGCCCUGUCAACCCUGCAAUCUGUGAGGCAGCUGGCUGGUUGGGCAGAGCCUGGAACAAGCCCAUUUUCUCCUGGGCUUGCUUGACUGACGAUGCAGCCGUGGAGCGUUUCGGCACCUUUGCCCGGUCGUUGCCACAGACGUCAGCUGUCAUCUACACUGUGCUCAAGUACUUUCGGUGGGCUCAUGUUGCCGUGGUAACCUCUGACCAGGACACUUGGGUGGAGGUAGGCCAGGGCCUGGCCCACUCUUUGCGAAACUUGGGCCUCCCCGUUGGUGUGGUGACCACUAUGGACAGUGACCCUGACGGAGCACAGGACACCCUCUGCAAGAUUCAGAGGGCCCACAAUAUACGAGUGAUCAUCAUGUGCAUGCACUCUGCCUUGCUGGGUGGCAGGGAGCAGAAGCUCCUGCUGGAGAAGGCCGAAGAGUUGGACAUGAUAGACGGGACUUACGUUUUCAUCCCCUAUGACACCCUGACUUACAGCAUGCCCUACCAGAAGGAGUCCUACAGCAUCCUGGAAGAAAGCAGGAAACUACGCAUGGCCUAUGAUGCGGUGCUCACAGUCACCAUCGACUCCCCGGAACGGUCUUUCCGGCAGGCCUUCAGGGACGCUCAGCAGAAGAGGGAACUCCCCAGCCACCUCAAUGCCGAUCAGGUACAUCCCCUCUUUGGUACCAUCUUCAACUCCAUCUACUUCCUGGCCAAAGCAGUGGAUAAGACUCAAAAGUCUGGAAAGUGGGUAAUGGGUUCUACUGUUGCUGAAAACGCCAAGGACUUCGAGCUGGAAGGCUUCAGCCAGACAGUGAAGGCCGAUGGGCGUGGAGAUGCUUUGCUCCCCUAUAUUAUCUUGGACACAGAUGGCCGGGGUGUUCGCCUUUGGCCCACCUACAGUGUGGAUAUGGCUGCUGGCACCCUGCGAUACUUUGGGCAUACUGUUCAUUGGCCUCACAGCAACAUUCCAGACUCAGAUGCCAACUGCUGGUUUGAUUCUGUUGCAAUCUGCACUGGGGGGGUUGAUGCCAGUUAUAUCAUUCUCCUGUUCCUUUUGGUCGGUGUCUUGAUCGUGUUGGGAAUUUGCCUUGCCUUCUAUAUCAGGCGCUACAUUUUACAUGCCCAGCUAAUGAAGGGACCAAACAAGAUGAUUCUCACGAUGGAUGACCUGACCUUUAUUACAAUGCAGAAUAGUAAGAAGAAAAUGGACGAUAGCCACUCUAGUCUCGCAGGAAGGAGUAUGUCGGACAUGAAAAGCCUCAAGAGCUUGACAGCAAAUGCAGAAAACAGCAACGUGGCUGUGAAUGAGGGCGAGGAGAAGCAAAAAGUCAGCAGCCACGUCCCUUUGCUCCUCCUUUUGUUUAACAGCCAAGGCAUGGUAGCUGCAGUCCAGGGUGACUGGGUGUGGCUGAAGAAAUUCCCAGGAGAUAAGCACACUGAUAUCAGACCUGCCACCAAAACAGUGUUUUGCAAGCUCCGGGAUCUGCGGCAUGAGAACGUGAACCUUUUCUUGGGCUUCUUCCAUGAUUGUGGGAUCUUUGCCAUCGUCUCGGAGCACUGCUCACGCGGAAGCCUUGAAGACCUCAUCUACAAUGAUGACAUGAAGUUGGAUUGGAUGUUCAAGUCAUCUUUGCUGUUGGACCUGAUCAAGGGGAUGAAAUACCUACACCACAGAGAAUUUGUACACGGGCGGCUGAAGUCUCGGAACUGUGUGGUAGAUGGCCGCUUUGUCCUCAAGGUCACGGACCAUGGCUACAACCAGCUGCUGGAGUGUCAGAGGAUCCCCCGAGAAAGGCCAAAAGCCGAGGACCGGUUCUGGACAGCCCCUGAGUUGCUGCGGGAUUCAUCGUUGGAACGAAAAGGCACAUUUCGGGGAGACGUCUACAGUAUCUCGAUAAUUAUGCAGGAAGUCAUAUGCCGCUCAGCUCCCUACUGCAUGCUAGAUAUGUCUCCUGAAGAGAUCAUCCAAAAGGUGGAGAGGCCGCCACCGCUUUGCCGGCCCUCUGUGUCUGUAGACCAGGCGCCGAUGGAGUGCAUCCAGCUGAUGAAACAGUGCUGGAGCGAGCAGCCUGAAAGGCGGCCAACCAUUGACCAGAUUUUUGACCAGUUUAAGAGCAUCAACAAGGGGCGAAAGACAAACAUCAUUGACUCCAUGUUACGCAUGUUAGAACAGUACUCCAGCAACUUGGAGGACCUGAUCCGGGAGAGGACCGAAGAGCUGGAGAUUGAGAAGCAGAAAACUGACAGGCUGCUGACACAAAUGCUUCCCCCGUCAGUAGCCGAGGCCCUGAAGACGGGGGCACCGGUGGAGCCGGAGUAUUUUGAAGAGGUGACCCUGUACUUCAGUGACAUUGUGGGCUUCACCACCAUCUCAGCCAUGAGUGAGCCCAUCGAGGUGGUCGACCUUCUCAACGACCUUUACACCCUCUUUGAUGCCAUCAUCGGCUCCCACGACGUCUAUAAGGUGGAGACCAUUGGGGACGCCUACAUGGUGGCUUCGGGACUUCCCAAACGCAAUGCAAACCGGCAUGCAGCUGAGAUCGCCAACAUGUCACUGGACAUCCUCAGCGCCGUCGGGACCUUCAGGAUGCGCCACAUGCCAGACAUGCCCGUACGGAUUCGCAUUGGCUUGCACUCAGGGCCUUGCGUGGCUGGUGUGGUGGGACUGACGAUGCCACGAUAUUGCCUCUUUGGGGAUACUGUCAACACAGCCUCCCGGAUGGAGUCCACAGGCCUGCCUUAUCGAAUCCAUGUCAACAUACGUACGGUCCAGAUCCUGCAUUCGCUCAAAGAAGGCUUCCGACUGGAGAUCCGGGGCAAAACAGAGCUCAAGGGGAAAGGCGUGGAAGACACAUUCUGGCUGACAGGUCGAGAGGGAUUCAACAAGCCCAUACCCACACCUCCUGACUUGCUGGGAGGGACGAGCAGCCACGGCAUCAGCCUGGAAGAGAUCCCAGAAGAGCGAAGGAAGAAGCUGCAGAAAGCACGUCCGGGACAGGCGAUCUAGCCGGAGAGGGGCUAUGGAGCUCGAAGCCGGGGUGAGGCAGAGUGCAAACAACCGCUGAGAUCUGCAGCCCGCUGGAGCUUUCUGACCAGCUCUGAAGAAGCCCUUGGUGCACAAAGGAGGC